AUGGACGAAGCACAAUUUCAAUUAGCCAUCGAAGAACUCGCACAACAUUUCCAGACUCUCAAGCAUACUGCUCAACUAAAAAAUUGUGAUUGGCAAGAUGUGACUCUUAUCAGAAGCCAGAACCUCCCUUCUAGUCUGAACCACUUCCUAAGACUUACAAGACGACUUUCCGUUUGCAGCAAAAGGGCGACGAAACCACCAGAUACAACUCCUCAACAACAUCAAGUCCCAGAAACUCAACAAGCUCAAAGCCAGAGCAUCAACGACAAACAAGCCAUCGAAGAAGAAGAAGAAGAAGAUCCCGAAUGCCUCCCCAAAUUCCCCCCGACAACAACACAUCCAUCGACAGACCCAGCAACAACAAUAACCUACGACAUCAUCUACUCCCCCACCUACCGUGUUCCAAUCCUCUACAUUCACAAACCUCCACCACCACCUAUCACACUUCCAGAUGACGACAACAAUAAUGAUGAUGACGAUAGUGAUAAUGACCCCGACCCCUUCCUCACCCACCUCCAACAUUCCUCCUCCUCUUCCUCAACAAUACUCCUCUCGCUCAUCGAUCAUCCCACAACAGGAAAACCCGUAUAUUUCAUUCAUCCUUGCAGAACGCAAGAAGCUGUUGCGGAGAUUUUAUCAUUAUCAUCAUCAACACGUCGACUUGGGAAAAACGGUGGUGGAGGUGGAGAAGAAGAAAGGGGAGGUAGAGAAGGAGGAAUGCAAUGGUUCAUGGCUUGGUGGGGAUGUAUAGGAAAUUCUGCGGGAUUGAGCGUUCCGAUGGAGUUGGCGAGGAUGGUGAUGAUGCCGACAUUGACGACGACGAAGACGAUGUCGACGGCGGGGGGAGAGUGA